CGCAGUGCAAAGCAAAGCAAAGCAAAGCAAAGCAAAAAUACUCUUCAGUCAAUUCUCUUUCUACCCAGCUAAAUUACUUUUCUCCCUCAUUCACAUUAAUCAUUUUCCUAAAAGAGAAGAGGGUUAAUAAUAUUUUCUUCUCAUGCUUUAUGUUCAAACAGCAAGAACUCGUAAAUAUACCCUCACCCUCGAUACCUACUCAAGCAGCGAGUUCCCUCUUUUCUCCACUCUUCAAUUUCAAUACGAAUUUCUAUGGUCCGGAAUUAAAAGAAUAGCGAGGGACCAAUACAUAGACCGACCACCACGCUCACAACUGAAUAUCAUCACUUCCUUAGAAGGGGGCCAAUCUCGAAAGAAGGAAAAAUAACCUUUCGAAACCUCUCAUUCUUCUACAUACGAAUUACGACCCACAACCACACGAUUGUUCACAAUUAGAUUAUACAUCAUAUUCGGGGGCACCGAUUUAAUUUUCUUUCUUUUUCUCUCUUCAUAGUCGCGUGGCUACCUCCAUCGUCUUUAAUCUUUAGCAAGACCCUUUUGUCUUUGCUUCGAUAUUCCCGCCUGUCGUUUAUGAUUGAGGGACAUCCUCAACACAUCGUCAGGAAAACCCCGACAUUCCCUCACCCAUAACCGACGGAAUUUUAUAAGUUUGAUGGAGGGCCAGCCUUCUACAGGUAAUUCUCAAUAUCAAUAUCAAUCUGCACAGUGGUCGCGACUUGUGCGGCGCAAUACCCACGCCGAUUCAAAUUCCAGCUCCUCGCCGAGUAUUUCUGGUCUCCCUCAGCUUCCAACUCAAUUUAUCCCCAUUCUACUUCCCCAACAACCCUUAUUUCACCAGCAACAACUUGCACAGUACAAUAGGCUCAUUUCUUCAGGCAGAAACAACAGUCUGCAAACCGCACCACUUCCCCCACUACUUUCAGCACAACAUAUUCAGGCUGUGCCCGGCCAGAGAUCCAGCUCAAGUGGCGUUACGACGGAACGAAAACAUAAACCUGCUGCGAGGGGCGGUCAUGGGAAUAGGGACGUACGAAAAUAUAGCAAAGGCGAGCGCGCGCUCAUAACAGAGAAGGAGACAUCAGCAACGAUGUCGGGCAAGAAAUUCGAGUUGACGGCUCAACUACCCCCACGACCAGUUCCACAACAUCAAAAUUCUACAUUAUCUCGAGAAUCGAAUUCUGUACCUUCGACACCACAUCAACAUGCGAGGAAUUUCUCUUUUGAGUCAAGAGAACCCUCACCGAGUGCUCCUGGCAGCCAUUCCCCUAGAUCAGCAUACUCUGAAUCGAAUAUAACUCUACCUUCAAGACCACCUCCUGCCCCACGAAGGGGAUGCCCAUAUGAAACAGCCAUGGCUUUCACGAAACGGCGCAUGGCUUAUAGCCUUGGGACUGAUCGAUUGGAGCAAUUGAAAGAUUCUGACAUUAAGAGCAAACUAUCGGAUGAUGAAGAGAAGAAGUUGUCCACAGACAUGCGCGAAUUGUAUGAUCGAUUAUUACCAACCGCCGAGACUGAUGAAAGGAGGAGGAAGUUGGUACUGAAGCUAGAAGAUAUGUUUAACAAAGAGUGGCCUGGGCACGACAUACGGGUACAUGUUUUUGGGUCAUCUGGCAAUUUGCUUUGCACAGAUGAGUCUGAUGGUGAGUUGGAGAGCAGCUUAAAGAUUUGAAACUCAACUAAUAAUUUAGUUGAUAUUUGCAUAACGACAGACUGGAAGGCGAUGGAGGGUGUGUGCAUGAUUGCCGAAUUGCUUGCAAAGAGUAAGUUUUCAGAACUCGGUCAAUGGCAACAUAGCUGACAAUUUGUAGAUGGUAUGCAAAAGGUAAUAUGUGUAUCAACUGCUAAGGUUCCAAUUGUCAAAAUAUUUGAUCCAGAUCUCAAACUGUUCUGUGACAUGAAUGUCAACAACACUCUUGCCCUGGAGAACACCCGAAUGAUAAAGACGUAUAUUGAGAUCGAUCCCCGGGUGAGGCCCUUGGCUAUGAUCAUUAAGCACUGGACAAAGUCAAGGGUCAUCAAUGAUGCUGGUAAGAAUAGGCAAUUUUUUGGUACAACUGUUUCGCUCACAUUUCAUAGCAUUUGGUGGCACACUGAGUUCAUAUACCUGGAUAUGCAUGAUCGUCAAUUUUCUACAAAGUCGAGAGCCUCCCGUCCUGCCAGCCCUGCACCAAAGACCUCACCUCAAGCUACCAACAAAGGAAGGCGGCGAGAGCAGCUUCGCAGACGACGUUGACGCUUUGAAGGAGUUUGGUCUGAAAAAUAAGUCGACAUUGGGAGAACUUCUGUUUCAGUUUUUUCGAUUUUAUGGGCACGAAUUCGAUUAUGACAAGCAGGUUGUCUCGGUCCGAAGCGGAAAGCAAAUAUCGAAGCAGGAGAAGGGGUGGUCGAUAUCAACGAACAACAUGUUGUGCGUAGAGGAGCCAUUCAAUGUCGGUCGCAAUCUUGGGAAUACAGCGGACGAUUUCUCUUUCCGUGGACUCCACAUGGAAAUGAGGAGGGCAUUCGAUCUGAUAUCUGUCGGUAAACUGGAUGAGUGCUGUGAGAAGUUCCAGUUUCCAAAAGAGGAGGAGCGAGUUUGGGAGAAGCCACCUCCAUCUAAGAAACCAACCUUGACUGCUAGUCACCCCCCGCAUAGAUCAGGUAGAGGAGGCCACCGUGGUGGACGUAAUAACCAUUCCAAUCGCAAUUCAUCAGGCGGCAGCCGCAGGUCAUCGAAUAGCAAUUAUGAUCAUCAGAUUUACCAGCAGCAUGGGAUGCCAUCAAAUAUAUCUACGCAAGAACAAUGGGUUCAGCAACAAGCGCAAGCACAGUUGCACAAUCAUCUUUACACGACAUAUUCGGUUUUACAGGCGCAGGAAAAUACUUUAAGAAUGCAAUUGAUGCAACAAUCGUAUGCAGAGCAGGCCCAUGCUCAAGCUCAGGCGCAAGCAUAUGCACAGUCACAUGCUCGAAUGCAAAGUGGUGGCAUGCCGAUCAAGCAACAGCCCAGUGAUCGAAAUCGACCCUCUUUAUUUGAGCAAGGGCCAUUAACGGCACCUAUACGACCAGAAGGUAUGUAUUUCUACCCUCUUCAAUAUGCUGGGCAACCAAUGUAUGCAUAUCCAACCUCAAAUACGAACCCGUCGUCACCGCAAUUGAGUGCUGUCACUCCUGAGUUGAGAAGAAGCAUGCAUCGAUCCACCGUCACAAAUGGCUCGAAUUCCAACAUGAUCCAAUCGAAUGGGUCAGUUAGGUCACAUUCACAACCUGGGACUCGUACCUCGCCUUCGCCUGUUCUACUGCAAGGGGCUGGUCAUCCGGCUCUGGGCGCCAAUGGACUUGGAGCAUAUCAGCCAUCGCGACAGCAGAUUAGCAGAGUUCCCAUCCCGAAUUUCAUUUCAGACGAGGCCACUGAGCAAGUAUAUGAGUCGCGGCGUACUGCAACCACUCCACCCGAGCUUAGUACGCCGAAGGAGUAUGUUGGUUAUUACGUCAAUGAACCACAAAACACGUCUUCUCGUAAAGACAUACCUCUAACGAUACCUUCGUUUGGAGACUUGUCGGGAAAUAGACGCCGGUUGUCAACCGAUCAACUGCCGCAAUCAAUUCAUGAUCGGAUUAAGCGCAAUCCUUCAAGGUCGCCUUCUCCCCUAGGUAAUGAUAGGCAUUUCUCACUGGCUCAAUCUACACCAGCUCAACAUACGAUGUCGAGUUCCAAUCUCCGUAUCUUGAAUAAUCAUGGGCCUUUGGUGGUAAAUGGUUCCUCCACAGGAGGUCCUAGUUUGACUCAUCAAACUACGGCUGCAAAUGUGGGCUCAGUCUCUGGAGAUAGAUUUUAUCGCACAACGGGAUCCGUUGGAUCAAUAUCUCAAGCUUCCGCUACUGAGAGUGAUAUCUCAUUGGGGGAGGGUCUUUCCGGGCAACUUACACCGAGGGAUUCGAGAAACGCUCCGAACGGGAUUUCUCCUUUAGUUGUCAAUGGAUCUAGCGCAAAUUUGCCCGCCACAAACGGCGCUAUUAGCUAUCAGCCUGCCUCUACAAAUGGGCCGUCAAUUGCGGACAGUCUCGACGGGUCCUCACGAUUAUCACCCAGUUCUAGGAACAAACCGGCUCGCCAAAAUGGCGGCAUGUCACCUCUCGACAUAGGGGGUAGCCAUAAUGACCUCAUCCCAAAUGGGUUUAAUCAUCUUUCACCCGUAUAUGAAUCGCACACACCUUCACCGACGAUCAACAGGAAGCUCGAGAACCUCAAGUUUAAUGGACCCGCUGUGUCAGAGAAAACCAAUUCGGAGCAUCCAAAGACGAGUUCAAAGCAUUCAGUAGGAACGGAGCAACCGGCUAAACAAUUCACAUCCAAUUUGAAACAAAACGGACAUACUAGGGCUGCUAAGAGCGAGGGCAGUGGAUUCGGAGUAUCCUCAGGAAGCUGGCAAAAACCCAAGGGCAAAAAGGGGCGAAGUCCUCCUGAGGCUAAGACUGCCAAUGGGGGCAAUGCUCACGGCGAAAAGCUCCCAGUCAACGAGAGCGAACGCAAGGGUGGUUAAAUCAUUAGUGACCAGAUAAAGAGAUAUUCUCUUGAUCAGAUGAAAGCCAAGGUGAGAUCAGCAUGUGCUCAACGUUUGAAUGAAAGGCUUAGUUCAACAUCUGUGGGCGUAUUAUGAGGCAAGUAGCUUACCUUGCGCAUAUUGAAUGGAGUUGGGAAGCUACACCCAGAAAGGUGCAUAUAAAUGUGCGAUAUCUACUACAGAAAUGGCAGGGGAAAAGGGAAGUUUGUUUGCAUACGGAAUCUCCUUGGCUAUCAUUGAGUCAGCUUGUUUUGCGACUAUUAUAGAUUUCCUUCCCAUGUCACUCGACACAUGGUCAAGAGUGGAAGCAAAAAGAAGAAGAAAUUAAACGAGUUUUCCAAAAAAAAACUCAUUCAUUCAGAUGGAUACUUUGUUAGGUUUUCUAUCUAUGCAUUUGCAAAGCGAUAUGGUUCUGGGUUCCAGUCCGGGCGACUUUUUCUGGUUUGGGAUUGUUUUCGAUUCUUUCUAUGCUUUUCUAUUUGAGUUUUUGCUUUGUUUUGGUCACAGAGGGUUCAUAAACUUGCACAAUGGGUUUCUACUGGUCGGGUUGUUCUUUGAUAUACAAUUGGCAUGCAUACACAUAGGGAAAGCUCAAAAAUGCGACACUUCAUACAAAGUUAUCGUUUUGAUGGCGCGGGGCGACGUGGGUGGUCGGAUAGCGAGGCAUUCAGCGGGAGUGGGGUUUGUGGUUUGAUUUAUCUUUUUAGUUUUUUCCUCAUUCGGAACGGGUGAGAUGGCAUGAAUGGAUGGUAAAUGAGGCCAGCAAGAUGAAAAAGGAAGUGAAGAGCGUAUGAUAAGGAAGAAAUGGCCUCGUGUAUGUUUAUAGUAUAGAUGUGCAAAAGCUGGGCGAGCAUAGCGAUGGAUAAAGGGGAAGAGGAUGAGGAAAUACCUACUGGAUGGUGGAUUUACAGAGCCAGUGAAGUGCAGAGCGGAGAGGAAAGAGAAACAAGAACAGAAACAGCGAUGCACAGCGGAAGAUAUAUGAAAUGAAUGAAAGAAUAAAAAAAUUGUCAAAAUAAUUGGAGAG